AUAGCACCCAUUGCAACAAUGGACGCCACAACGAUCACAACCCAUAAACACCCAGUACGACUGGGCCAAACAAGUGAAAGAAUUUGACGAGACUAAGGCCGGCGUCAAAGGACUCGUUGAUGCCGGCAUUAAGAAACUCCCCGAAUUCUUCGUCUACCCUCCGGAGAGCCUAGAAAACCUGCCGCCCAAGUUCCCCCUCGAGCUCCCCACAGUGGACUUCGAGGGGUGGAGGGCGGUAGAAGGCGGGAGGUGGUCGAGGGGAUACGGGCGGCCGCGUCCGAGUGGGGUUUUUUCCGGAUGGUGAACCAUGGGGUGCCGAGUGGGGUCAUGGAGGGGAUGUUGGAGGCUGCGAGGAGGUUUCAUGAGCAGAGGAGAGAGGACAAGAUGGAGUACAAUUCUGGGGAUAGUAAACGGAGGAAAAGAAGUGCAAGAGUAUGUGAAAUGCAUGAUAAAGCUGAGGGAGACAAUGGCCGAGUUACUCUCUGAGGCUUUAGGGCUAUGCAGCGACUACCUUUCACGUAUCGAAUGUAUGAAAAGUGAGGCAUUGGCUUCUCUGUAUUACCCGAUUUGCCCCAAGCCGCACCUGACCUUGGGCACUCCAGAGCAUACUGACACAAUUUUUCUAACAUUGUUGCUGCAAGACCACAUUGGUGGCCUCCAAAUUCUUCACAAAAACCAGUGGGUGGAUGUCCCUUCAGUUCCCAGCGCCCUCAUCGCAAACAUUGGGGAUCUCAUGCAGAUCAUUUCAAAUGACAAGUUCAUAAGCGUGGAGCACAGAGUUUUGGCUCAACCAAUUGGACCAAGGGUAUCAGUUGCAUGCUUCUUCAGUCCUAGCAGUAAGGCUGUAGCUAAACACUUCGGACCCAUAAAGGAGCUUCUAUCGGAGGAAAGUCCUCAAAUAUACAGGGAGUUCCUAUGCAAUGAAUCUUUUACCUAUUACACGACCAAAGGACAAGAUGUCGAAUCUGCCCUUCCCCAUUUUGAGCUAUGAAGUGCCGGGUGCUGGUGCCGGUGUGGGCCGUUGAGAUUACUAAAAGUUAUGCUGCUGCUGCUUUUUUAACUUAUUGGUCAUUGUUUUUCUAGGGAUGAUGUUUACAUACGUAAUUGCUUAUGUCUUAUGCUGUUGUGUAGCACUUAUCAAACGAAUCCCUAUUUGAUCGGUCGAUGUGAAUGAACUAUAUAUAAGGGGCUAUUUCCACUAUUUUGAUUU